ACCUUCAGUGACAGGCAGUUCUAUUAUACUCUGUAGAGAGAAGCAUGGGUGGAGAAAAUGUGUCUGCUUUUUCCUUGUAGAGUAAGGUAUAAGGAAUCAAAUAUGUAAUAUAUAAUAGGCAGGUUUUUCCAUUUGGCUACCUUGUUAUGGACAUUUGCCCUACUUUCUUGUACCCAGUCACCCUUAAUGUCUUUAGUGUGGGCUUAAUCUCUUCUGGUGAAUAUACUGUUCUGUUUUCACUGUUCUGAUGUUCUGACCAAUCACAGCUCUGGAAACUAGACCAUGUGACCAGGGCCAAUAAAAACCGUUGGGAUAGGAGUUGGAGUCACUCUAACGGUUUUCCCCGGUGGAGAUUGAUGAGAGUGUGAGCACUAGAGAUUUCAGAGCGACAGGAGCGAUUUUAUUACUAUUGGAGAGCGACUUUUUCAUUUUAGGACACAACUGGAGAAAGAAGAAAUGGCGAGAAGAAAACAGCGGACAACAAAAGACCCUGUGCCUCCUCAGGUUCCCAAACCUGAGAAGAGAAAGCGCACAAGAAAGGAGAGCGAAGAAAACGACGAUGGACCUUCCACCAGCAAGCAGCCUGCAAGAACUUUCAUGGAUGGAGAGAAGUUCUACCAGCUGCUGGAGCAUAAAUUGAUCAGAGAUUCCCUGGACAUGGACCCCUGUCUGAAGCUUACUGACAAGUACCUCCUUGCCAUGGUCCGGGUGUAUUUCCAGCGAGCCAGAAUUAAAGAGGAGGAGUACAUCGCAGGGUACUUUUUUGGAGCCCUGUUACUUGCACAUGAGAUGGAGGAAGAAACAUCUUUUCGUGGCUUGAUUUACUCCUGGGCCCUUGGAGAAAUGUAUCAGGAACUGUGGACCAGGUUCACCAAGCUGCGGGAUGAAAUAUGGUCCAGGAUGGGCUUUCGAGCCUGGGUUUCCAAGGAAUCCUGUGAGGAGGCGAUGACUGACAACCCGACCCACUGGGCUUGGAGAAGGGAGCGGCAAGAACAUCACGGCUUGGCCCUGAAGGAGCAUCACAAACCUCCUGAUUAUUACUUCUUCAGGCAUUCUGCCCACAGCCCGACAGCUUGCUCUUGGUGCCAGGAACGGGCAGGUACCUCCCAAGAGGCUGAGCCACCAAAGGCGACUCAAAAGACGCAAAGCACCAGAAAGAAGAGGAGGAAAAAGCGUUAGGGUCGCCUUAUUAUAUCAUACAUCUGUUUUCAUGUUUUUGGUGUAGUUAGAUUUAUAAUUCCAUAUAUUUCUGAUACCUAGAACGAUUUAAAUAUAGUAUGCUUAGAAAUACAGUUUAUAAAUUCUUUAAAAGAAUAAUUUAAUAUUUUACAUUAUUAUUAGUAGUAUUUAUUUAUUUU